AAACUCAAAGGAGAGAGAAUCAGAAGCCGAAGGUGAGAUCCGAGAGAAGGCACAAACCACCGUUACCACUAUUACAUCACACCACAACACCAGAUCACACAGAAACCGAAAGAGAAGCAAGUAAUCUGUCGCGAUUCAAUCGAGGAUUCUUGAAAUAAACGCAUAGGAUAGAGAGGGAGGGACUGAAAUGGCUUCGAUGGCGAGGGCUAGCUCUGGCCUCGCGUACCCGGAACGAUUCUACGCGGCGGCUUCGUACGCCGGUUUCGAUGGAUCUCUUGAUUCCUCCACCAAAAAUGUCACCUCCAGGUUCUCAAACGACGCAGCUCUACUCCUCUACGCCUUGUACCAGCAGGCUAUUGUAGGACCAUGCAAUGUCCCAAAACCUAGCGCUUGGAGUGCCGUAGAGCAAAGCAAAUGGAAAAGCUGGCAGGGGCUUGGACACAUGGCUUCUACUGAAGCAAUGCGUCUCUUUGUGAAAAUUUUGGAGGAGGAAGAUCCAGGUUGGUAUUCAAGAACAUCUAACUCUGUGGCAGAGCCUGUUGUAGAUGUGCAAAUGAAUCAUAAUUCUAAAGUCGAACCUGUCAUGGAGAAUGGGAACGCCUAUCCUGAAACAAAGACCAUUGCUAUUGAAAAUGGAAACCUGAUGGAAACUCAGGAUAAAGAUGUUGUCUUGGAAGGCCUUGGUUCUAUUGUUAUUUAUGAUCAAUGGGUUGCACCUCCAAUAUCUGGUCAGCGGCCAAAGGCCCGAUACGAGCAUGGAUCAGCAGUUGUUCAAGAUAAGAUGUAUGUAUAUGGAGGAAAUCACAAUGGUCGCUAUCUGAAUGAUCUUCAUGUUUUAGAUUUGAGAAGUUGGACUUGGUCAAAGGUAGAUGCUGCUAAUAUUGCAGCUGAGGAGUCUUCCUCUCCAGCUCCAUUAACCCCUUGUGCUGGUCAUGCCUUGAUACCAUGGGAUAACAGCCUUUUGUCUAUUGCUGGACAUACAAAGGAUCCUUUGGACACUAUCCAAGUGAAGGAAUUUAAUCUGCAAACGGGCAAAUGGUCAACCUUGAAGACUUAUGGGAGACCACCGGUCUCACGUGGAGGUCAAUCGGUUACCCUAGUUGGGACAAGUUUAGUGAUUUUCGGUGGACAAGAUGCAAAAAGAUCCUUACUGAAUGACUUGCACAUACUUGAUUUAGAAACCUUGACUUGGGAUGAAAUAGACGCUGUGGGGGUGCCUCCUUCUCCGAGGUCUGAUCAUGCUGCUGCAGUUCAUGCGGAGCGCUAUCUUCUUAUCUUUGGCGGGGGCUCACAUUCCUCUUGUUUCAAUGAUCUUCAUGUCCUCGAUUUGCAGGCUAUGGAAUGGUCGAGACCCACUCAACAAGGCGAGAUACCAGCUCCACGGGCUGGACAUGCAGGUGUGGCUGUCGGGGAGAACUGGUUCAUUGUUGGUGGUGGUGACAAUAAAAAUGGGGUUUCAGAAACUGUAGUCCUCAACAUGUCUACACUUGUUUGGUCCAUUGUUACUACUGUUCAAGGGCGUGUUCCUAUUGCCAGUGAGGGUCUGAGUUUGGCUGUUAGCUCCUACAAUGGUGAAGAUAUUCUUGUAUCUUUCGGAGGGUAUAACGGACGUUACAGCAAUGAGGUCAGUGUUCUUAAACCAAGCCACAAAUCAACUUUGCCAUCAAAGAUACUGGAGGGUACUGCGCCUGACAGUGUUUCUGCUGUUCACAAUGCCACAAAUCCUACAAGAGAUGUGGAGUCUGAAUUUGACGUAGGACAAGAAGGAAAGAUAAGGGAAAUUGUGAUGGAUAAUAUUGAUCCAGAUCCCAUAAAAUCCAAAGGUGAGGGAACUAGCGAACAUCUCAUGGCAACCUUGAAGGCAGAGAAGGAAGAACUGGAAUCUUCAUUAAGCAGGGAGAAAUUGCAGACGCUUCAAUUAAAACAAGAUUUAGCUGAAGCUGAGACUCGUAACACGGACCUCUGCAAGGAGCUCCAAUCUGUACGUGGUCAACUUGCCUCUGAGCAGUCGAGAUGUUUUAAAUUAGAGGUUGAUGUUGCAGAAGUACGACAAAAGCUCCAAGCCAUGGAGACACUACAAAAGGAGCUAGAACUCUUACAGCGACAAAUGGCUGUUUCCGAAGAAGCUGCCUUAUCAGCCAAACAGAGGCAGAGCUCGAGUGGUGUCUGGGGUUGGAUUGCCGGAACACCUGGCAACCAAAAAUUGGAUGAAUCAUGAAAAUUUUCGAGCAGAGUUGAAUUAGAAAUUGUUAGAUGUGGUUCUUAUUGAUCCAUCUUUUUUGGGUAUAUAUAUUUUUUGUUUGCAUAACCCAGUUCUUUUUACACAAUGGAAAUAAGCAUCAAGUUUUGUCAGAGAAAAGAAGCCAUCAAUGGGGUUUGUUGGAUAUUUUCAUGUAAACCAUUCAGAGUUUGUGUAUGCAUAUUGUAAUGAAUUGUUGGAGCCCAGUAUAGGUUUGCAUUGUUUGUCACUGAAAAUGUGGUUCUGUGAUUUAUAGGUUUUAUGUAACCUUCAGCAUAAUUUAUCAUCUUUUGUACACCAAUGGUAUAGUUAUCAUUGGAUUGAAAAGGAUGGGAAGCUUGUUCAA